UAUCGAAUGAACUGGUUGUUCGAGCCAAUACCAGGGUGGCCUGACCAAGCAUAGCCCAAUUCUUGCCACGAAAAAAAAGGUAAACCGGAUACCGGGAGCACGAACAUGCGAGACGGACUAGACGAGGCAAGUUGUCAGGUUGCUAGGUUACCUUGCCGACAAAACUUCCCUGGAGCCUCCACCCACCCCCCUUACUCGCCUCUCCGCUUCUGGCGGGCACUGACAGAUCCGCUCAUGCCUUCAAACGGCUUCCAAGUUGAAAAAAAAAAUUGGACGGCUGUCAUGCGACUAGACUAAAAAUCUUAUCGUGACCAGAGCCAUCCAAUUUUCCACUUUAUCGACGGGAAGCGGUGACGGCCUCGAAUUCUUGAGAAUAGUCAUCCUCGAGAUGUGACUGUACCUGGGUGUUGUUGUAACUCGCUCGCCUCGCUUGAUCCUAAGCUCACACCCACCUCAGCAUUUCCCAUCAGCAUGCGUUCUCACUGGUGGUGCAGGCAGGCCAAGUUUGGUAUCUGGAAAGCAGCCCAUGAUCGAAAAUACAUCCAUCUUUUUUGUUCGCACAAAGUCGCACUCCCCUCUUGUUUUCGAACAACCUUUUGCCUGAGUGUGUGUGUACCCCACAAGCUAGCCCAUGCUGGUUCUUAAACUCGCAUGCGUCCCGCUUGGUGAAGAUCAAGCAAAACCUCUGACAUGCUAAAUACCCCAACUGCCUCACAACGCCUCCUGAAUCUCGCCCUCGUCCGUUUGUCUGAUCCUCAAACAACCAUCCAUGCCGAACCGAACCACUGUCACAGUGAAAUCGACUUUUUGGCUACACCUUUUCCGUGUUUGCCCUGCGCAAUAGUACUAGGAAUUGCGCCCCGCCUAACCGCCCCUUCAGGCAUCUCGCUUGCUCCUGGACCUCUCCACCCAAGAAACAGCGAAUCCGUAUCAUGCCGUCCGGAUGCCUGCUGCCAUCAUAGACCAGAUCAGCAGGACGUGGAUCACAAACGACACCAUUCUAAGGGGCGUCGCCUCACCAAAUAAAAAAAAACAUCCGACACAGACCCCGGCCUGUCAGAACAAGCUCGUCUGUUACGUCGUCUUGCACGGUGCUCCCCCAGGUGUGCCCUGCUCCUGGGUGGUUGCGCACGUCCCGACGACCACCUCUGGGCAGAGCCUCUUCCAUCCUCAUCCCCUGCUGGUGCUCGCCAAUAUAGUCGGCUGAGGCCCUGCACCUCAUCCAAUCUUUAACCUUCUUUUGGCCUCUCUUCUUUUGUCAGUUUACCCAUAGUUGGUGUACUCGACUGUCGAUAGCACUCUUUCAUAUCGACGGGGUCGGUUUCUCUUCUUUUGCCAACCGCGGGUCCGGAUACCUGCUUUGUUCUAUUCUACCUUCACUUCGACAUAGUCCCAGCUAUUAGCCUGUAAUCAUUUUUAGUCUCUUUUUCUCACCCGCGCUCUCUCCCUUCUCUUCUUUUACGGAUUUACUCUUUUUUUUGGGUUGUCGCCUUUCCUCUCGUUCGAUUCGAUUUCUUCAUCCAAGUUCAAAACGACCGAUCUACGAUCGCCCGACACUACUGGGAAAUAGAAAUUGCUGGUUACUGGACGUGAGGUUAGGAAAGAAAGAGCCAGGGAUAUUCUGUGGGAAAAGAAGUAUUUUUGAGGCAAAUCUGAAAGAGACAUACGUCUGGAUAAAACGAAACCGAGUCCGGCCAACGACAACAACGAAAAAAAAAACGACACAAUGGGAAGACUUAUCAAGAACCACUGGGCGAGGCUCAUCGUUCUCUCAGCCGCAACUUACCAAGUCGCUGCCGGCCUCGAGUCCUACUUCUGGCCGAAGAUCUUCUUCGACUUUUUGACCCACUCGCUGGAUGGUGCUGUGCGGCCGGUGCCCGUGCUACAGACGGUCAACAUCCUACUAGGGUUCCUGAUGUUAGCGUGGGAGUGGCCUCUGGGUGCGAUCGCUGGAUCUGGAUUCCACCGAAGUCUCGAGCUGCGUCUCGCUAUCAUCCCAGUUGCUGCCAUUUCUGCCGGCCUGAUCUACCAAGGCACCAACGCUGCCGUCUACUAUCUGAUUGGUAUGGCUGUGUACUUUUGGGCAUAUAGUGAGGGAGAGAUCAUCUGCGCAAAGCCGUGGACUCUACCUCAGCGUGGAGGGCGUGGUGCGCGUGUCUAAGCUAUUGCUUCGCGCCCGCCCUCUUUGACAUCAUGUUCCUUUUUCUUAAUCCUCACGUCUCAUGUCCUGACUCCAGUCCUGGGGAUUACUUUAGAAGCGAGGGCUGGAGAGGGAUGUACAUAUACCCCAAUCCGAUUUAUGUUUCUUGCUAGAUUCAACGAAUCCUCAUUUUACGACAAUUUCCUGCACUCAAUUCGCCUCUCGGCCUUCAAUUUGCGUUUGCCUCUGUCGUGAUAUCGUACCGACCUGCCGCCACCGCCGACUCGUUGCCAUUGUUACCGAAGAUCGACGACCAAGCCCUCGCGGCUUUACCGCUGUCCCGAUCCGAUAUAUCCGAUGGCUCAGGCUACUUGCGACAAUAGACCCAUUGCGACUUGGACGACAGUCCAUGAGUUGCAACCAUAAUAAGCAACGGGCCGCGACUAGCGAUACGAUUAUUCACGACUAGGUCUAGGAUGUGCGAGAGAGGAUUGGAUUGCAUGCCAGAGGACAAGUCGACCUGGGAAUACUGUGUUGAAGAAUAAAAAGGAGGGCGGUUUCGGUGUGCUUCGAGGUGGUGGUUCUUUUUUGGCGGCUUUUUUUUUGGGUUUCCGGUGAAGCCUCGUCGGUUUCUGUUUUCCUUGAUGUCUCAAUGUCCAGCGUUGCAUCUUCCACUAAACUGGUGUUUUUUUUUCUUUUUCCCCCCACUGGUUUGUUUCUUACUUUGCCUUAUAAUUUCACUACACGCGGCACUCUUUACUCAUUUCUUUUGACCUACGCAGAACUGAGAGGAAUCCAUGAAAGCAAGCGUCAACAUCAGGUAGAAAGGAGAGGGGUAAAAGGGCGAAGUGAGGCGACGGGGAGGAGACUUUUUUUUGUCACCAAGGCCAAGGACCUUAUCUCGAGUUGCCAUCUUAUGGAUGGGGAGCUGAAAGAGCUGGAUGCAUAUGCGCUCCCAUUUUACAGGACAAAUACCACGACUCGGGCUUGAACUGUUGAGGGUUCUUUUUCCGGUGAUAUACUUUAAAAAAAACACGUCUUUUCUUCUUUCAAUUCUUCUCUCUUAUCAAGAAGCAUUUGCAGAACAACAAAGGACAUAUACCCCUUUCUGUGUCUUUGUUACUCUUCUCCCAUUUGGCGAGGUCAUGUAUAUGAACAGCAAAAUAAUUCGAAAAUCCUAGCUAUUUUUUUUUUCCUCUUUUCUUUCUUUUUUUUUCUCAACCGUCUUUCACGAGUAAGGGGGACGGUGUGAGGGGGAACGUCGUUCAGCAGGCCGACCUUGUUAAUAGAAUUGAAUGAUCAACCUUGCAUUUGCGUC